GUUUACCCCCGGUGCGUAAGAGAAGGAGAGAAAGAGCAUUCAAACCAUUUGCACCUGCUCCCUCUUUCCCGAACGAACCACCACUCCUUCUCUCCAUCUCCAACUUCCAUCUUCAUCUUCAUCCUCACUUCCGUCAACGAUUCCUCCCAUCCAUCAACAGUCAUCCUGUUGAUACUUCAGACGCAUCCACAGCUGCAUCCACACUUGCUGUGCACCUACUCUUUCGUCGUUGUGGGCUCCGAUUUACUUCGCUAGCCCAACCCACAUUCACAUGGUCCUCUGCCGCCGUCGGACCAUCAACACCACAACCUCGAACGCGACCUUUCCGACGCCCACAGCUGCUCCUAUGUCUCGCCUGCACUUUGAACAACACUGGGAAGCGUUGAUGUAAAUCCCUUCCGCCAUAACAACACAACUACCAUGCUGCGACGGCCUCCAGGCGAAGGGAGGCGCGUUGCUCGUCAGCGAACCUACCUGCUCGCUCUCGCUGUUCUCGCCAUCUCAUGCCUCCCCCUCGCCGAUGCUCAGCAACAGCAAAAACCCAUCGAGCCCGUAGCCCAAAUACAUAGAAUUCAACAACACCAACCCGCUGCCGGAAGCAGUCAACACGAAGCCGUUCGUGAUGUACUCCCCGACCAGGCCGCCCGCAACUGGGCCGCCACCAACAUCAAGGCCGACAAUGCUGUCGAGUCUCCGAGGCGCCGAAACUCCGUAACCUCGAAGCAACCACAAUCCCAACCCAACAAACAACAACACGAGCGUCGGUCCAACCCCGACAACAUAUAUAUUCCUAACGAUGCGAGCGCCAUCGCAACUUUGGCUCCGGCUCAGUCCGUGCGAGCACCUCCUUCUGGACAUCGACCCAUUGCCUCCCGCGUCGGAGGUGGUGGGAUCUCUACGCAGCACCAUGCGCGGAGUCUGAAGGACUGGGAAGUAGAAGACUUCGUUCUUAUGGCGACCGUCGAUGGACACCUCUAUGCCAGUGACCGCAACCACGCCACUGAACGCUGGCAUCUCGAGGUCGAUCAGUCAAUGGUCGAGACAAAACAUUACCGUCUCAACGCGUCCGACCUGGACGAUGACUACAACCACAUCGACCACUACAUCUGGGCCAUCGAGCCCAAUCGCGAUGGAGACAUUUAUUACUGGUCUCCAGCUGGCUCCACCGAGCCCAGACUACUAUCUACCGGCUUGACCAUGAAGCAGAUGGUCGACGAAGGCGCCUCGGCCCUCGACAACCCCCCAAUCGUCUAUACUGGUACCAAGAAGACCACCAUGAUCACACUUGAUGCCGCCACCGGCCGUGUGCUCAAGUGGUUCGGCUCCGGUGGCUCCCACGUCAACGAGGCAGAGAGCUGCUUGCGCCCGAAUGCUCUAUACGACCAGAACAACGAGGAGUGUAGCUCGACCGGGACAAUCACUCUAGGCCGCACCGAGUACGAGGUCGGCAUAGCUCGCAGAGAUGGCCGACCCAUCGCUACACUCAAGUUCUUCGACUGGACCCCCAACACAAAUGACUACGACCUCCUCAACCAACACCACAAAUCCAUCGACCAGCGUUACCAUACCACCACACACGAUGGCAAGAUUUAUGGCGUUGACUAUGCCAAUGCCCACAAGGACAAAUUGCCCAUUUUCUGUAACGCGCAGUUUGCUUCGCCUGUAGUCAAGGUUUUCGAUGUCUGCCGGCCUGUGGGACUGGAACCAUUGAGCAACCCUGAUCUCAUCGUUCUUCCUCAACCUGUCCCGCCAGCCAAGGAUGACAGCAACGCUCGUAUCCGAAGCCAACGCAUCUUUGUCAACCAAACGGACAUGGGCAACUGGUACGCCUUAUCUGGGCGUUCCUAUCCUCUCAUCUUGGACGCUCCUGUAGCCAAGACUUCGUCGCCUGACUGGCUCCAGCUUGCCCAGCCAUGGGGCAAGUUGAACGAGACGCAGAGAGUCGGAGCCAUGGUCGGAACCCACUACAUGGAUGGUGUCACCAGGGGCCCGAUCUACCAACCUCCCAGUCUACCUGGACGCUCAGAAGCGUCUGAUGCAGUCGUGGACCCUGAAAGCCACCCAGCGCUGCCCACUACAGUGCCAGACGACGAUCCUGUAGAAACGCCUACCAUUGUCAAGAAAGUCAAGUCGAUUCCGCACCACGUUUCCAACAGCGUCAUCGACUUCUUCUCAAACCCUGUUUUGAUCGUGCUCAUCGUUUCUGUUCUAUUUUAUUACCAGAAGGAUCUACGUCGCUGGUAUAAGACCAAGACGACAAAGUGGUAUAUGCGAGAUGAGGCUGCUUCCGACACAGAGGAUAUGGGUGCCGAUGCUACUCCUGAGCAUACGGUACAUGACGAGAUCCCUCUCCCCGCUCCUGAGCGGGCGGCUGCACCUCUGGUACCAGAAGAGCCUGUUGCCGACAAGAAGCCCGUGCCCGAGAGUCUGGUCCCCUCAAUUGAGCCCGCCGCUGAGAAAGAGAAGGACGGCGCUAAGACACCUAUCGCGGAGUCUGCUGCAGUUGUGGAGAAGCAGACUUCUGCCACUCCUCCUGAGCCCGGUACCCCUGAGGUCAAAAAGAAGAAGCCUGCUCACCGCGGUCGCCGCGGGGGCACAAAGCACCGAAAGGGGAAGAAGAGAGAGGAGAUGUCGCAGUCUCGCGACGACGAGCCGCCUGCUUCCGUCGAGGAAGCCGUCAAUAAGGCCAAGAAGCUGGGCGUACAGGCUACUGGUUUGGAACCCGAUGUCAUGACCAUGACAAACGACAUGCAGGCGGUUGGCGAAUCGAUUAUCAAAAUGGGCGGCAUCGAAGUCGACACCGAGAAUCAACUCGGCACAGGCAGCAAUGGUACUCUGGUCUUUGCUGGUCGAUUCGACGGGCGUGAAGUGGCUGUCAAGCGAAUGCUUAUCCAGUUCUAUGACAUUGCCUCCCAAGAGACAAAGUUGUUGCGAGAGAGUGACGACCAUCCCAAUGUCAUUCGAUACUACGCCCAACAACAACGAGAUGGAUUCUUGUACAUUGCUCUCGAGCGCUGUGCAGCCUCUCUAGCUGAUGUCAUUGAGAAGCCUCAUCACUUCACCCGGUUGGCUCAAGCUGGCAAGAUGGAUUUGCCUGGUGUCUUGUACCAAAUCACCAACGGUAUCCACCAUCUGCACAAUCUUCGCAUAGUCCAUCGCGAUCUUAAGCCUCAGAACAUCUUGGUCAACAUGGGCAAAGAUGGACGACCGCGCCUUCUUGUAUCCGAUUUCGGUCUUUGCAAAAAGCUAGAGGGUGGUCAGUCCUCCUUCGGUGCCACCACUGGCCGCGCUGCGGGAACUUCUGGCUGGCGAGCGCCUGAAUUGCUACUCGACGACGAUGCUAGGGACACUGCCACCAUGGAGUCCAGUAUCCAGAGCGGGUCGGGAUCUAUCCUCGUUGGUUCCGACAUGAUGUCCAACCGUCGUGCCACUCGCUCCAUUGAUAUCUUCAGCUUGGGCUUGGUGUUCUUCUACGUCUUGACAAAUGGUUCCCAUCCAUUCGACUGUGGCGAUCGUUACAUGAGGGAGGUGAACAUCCGCAAAGGCAACUAUAACUUGGCCCCUCUGGAUGCACUCGGCGACUUUGCCUACGAGGCGAAGCAUCUCAUCGGCUUGAUGUUGGAUGCGAAUCCCAAGGAGCGUCCUUCAGCUCGCGAUGUCAUGGCUCAUCCCUUCUUUUGGUCUGCCAAGAAGCGCCUUGCUUUCUUGUGCGAUGUCUCGGAUCACUUCGAGAAGGAGCCCAGAGACCCUCCUAGCGACCACCUUGCCCACUUGGAGCAGCAUGCCCCGGCGAUCACUAAGGGAGAUUUCCUCCGCCUGCUUCCACGAGACUUUGUGGAUUCUUUGGGCAAACAGCGCAAGUACACAGGGUCCAAGCUGCUUGACCUGCUGAGAGCUUUGCGCAAUAAGAAGAACCAUUACGAGGAUAUGCCCGAUGCGUUGAAGCGGACAGUUGGGCCCUUGCCAGAAGGGUACCUGGCGUUCUGGACAGUAAAGUUUCCUAGACUGUUGCUGGAUUGCUGGACCGUGGUGUGGACUGUGGAAUGGGAUAGUACUGAUCGCUUCCGGGAGUACUACGAGCCGGCCGGUCUUUGAGGUGUUGGUACAUACAAAAGUCAAAUCAUUUUGCCAUGCUUUCAAA